AUGGCCCAUGAUUGGAGUUCUUGCCUCAAUACACUUGAGGGUCAUUCUGGGAGUGUGAAUGAUGUCGCUUGGUCCCCUGACGAGACUCAAAUCGCAUCAGCAUCAGAUGAUAUGACAAUAAAGAUUUGGGACUCGUCCACAGGCGAGUGUGUAUCAACUCUGAGAGAAGAAGAGCAUUUUGCGGAAAAAGUACAAAAGGUUUUCUGGUCAUCCGAUGGAUUGAUCGCAUCAGUUUCCGGGAAUUGGGUGAAUAUUUGGGAUCCGGUCUCACAGCUUUGUAUAAACACACUUCAAUUUGACAACAAAGCCCAACAUUCCCCCGUCUGGCUACUGAAAGGGAGGAUUGCAUGCUUUAUUGACAAAACACCAGACUCACCCACCGUCGAAUUCUGGGACCCAGUAGACGAUAUAUGCACCUUGAGACUAGAAAUGGACGACAGCUAUGAAACAGACAAGAUUACUUGCUCAUGCAAUGGACACAUAGCGUGCCCCUCCGUUGACAAUACUGUUACAGUCUGGGAUUCAACUGGUCGACAAAUCUCCGUGCUUGAGGGGCACAGUAGUGACGUUUCUUAUGUCAAAUGGUCAGAAGAUGGGCAGCAAAUUGCAACUUGCUCAGAAGACAAGUCCCUCAGACUUUGGAAUGCAGCUUCCGGGGUGUGUAUAUCAAUUCUUGAGGGACAUGAGGACAUAGUGGUGAACUGUUCAUGGUCUAGCGACGGGAAAUUGAUAUCCUCUUCCUCCUCGGAUGGCAUGAAAAUGGUGUGGAAUACUACUGGAGAAUACAUUGAUCAGUGCAUUUCCAUCUUUUGGCCCGGAGGAUACCCCGAUUCUAUGACCUUAUUCCGGUGCAGCGGUGGUAGCAUUGCCGCAAACACCGGGGUAGAUUUCGAAAUCCGGGACUCAAAUACCGGUCAUUUGCAAUCGACUUAUGACGGACACACUGAUGAGGUUAAUACGCUGCUCUGGUCUCCCGAUGGAACCAGAAUAGUCUCAGCUUCAUGUGAUGAGACCAUAAAAAUCUGGGACACGACUGUUACCAAUUCCUCGCAAAAUUCACAGGCCAUAGAUAUGGAGUGGUCAAGAGAUGGUAGCUCUGUCGUGAUAGCACCAAGAUCAAAUUUCGAGAACAAGAGCGUAACUAUAUGGGAUCUUGCGACUGGGGAAUGCACCCGAGAGUUCGAAGACGAUGAGAAUAUCGAGUGUAUUGCAUGGUCACCCGACGGAGAUCAUAUAGCAUCUGGAUCGGAUUUCGGAACAGUAAAGAUCUGGAGCCUCACCACGGAUCAACUGGAAUGUGUAUCAACACUCCCAGAAAUUUCAAAUGCAGAAGUAGUUGGUCUCGCUUGGUCGCAUGAUGGGGCCCAGAUUGCAUGGGUUUCGAGCGAUGGGGCAUUGAGAGCCUGGAACUUCGCAACCGGGGCUUCGAACGAUUUUCAACUGCCGGAAGAAUAUACCAGCCAGCAGCGAGCAAGAACCGAUACUAUCAACCUGAGACGUAUUCUUGCAUGGUCAUAUGAUGGGAGCCAAGUUGCACUCAUAUCCCCGCUCUGUGACAAUAUUGUGAUUUAUGAUCUCAUAACCAAGUCGAGCAAGAUUCUUGACAAUCCCCUAAAUAGUUUCCCGGAUUUAUCAUGGUCAUCAACUGGAUAUCUUGUUUCAACCUCAGGACAACAUAAUAUCCGAAUUUGGGAUCAGUCUGGCCAGUGUAAACUGGUAAUUGAGGGACACAGAGACCGGAUCUGGUCCCUUGCAUGGUCACACGAUGGAAGUCGAAUUGCAUCAGCGUCAGACGAUAAAACCGUUAUGAUAUGGGAUGCGCUCACAGGCUCCUGUGACUUCAAGCUUGACAUUAAGUAUGCUGGUCAUUUUCAUUUCGAUCCAUCCGACUCCAAUAAGCUACAUACUGGAUCAGGCACUUUUCUUCUCGGCCCUCAUGUGACCAACCAUCCCACCAGGGAUUCCUUUACUGCCAGUGGAACAGGAAAUCACUUAAAGCCAAUGUAUUACGGUCUGAGUUCAGAUGAUAAAUGGAUUACGUAUAAAGGAAUUAACCUAUUGGCAUUACCACCAGAUUAUCGACCAGGUUUUCGGGGUUCACUUGGCUUGUAUGGAACAAACAUGGCGAUUGACUGUGUAGCAGUUGUGAGCACAUACACUUUGAUCAUCUACUUCGCUGGCCCAUUAUUCGGACUGAUCAUCAUUAACAAUACGACUCUCCAAGAUACACCUUCUCACAUUCAUGUCCAGUGA